UUUCGCCGGCGAUAAACAAAGCCAAAAAAGACGCCAACAAUAGUUAGUCCCGACGCUAAGAUAUUAUUGGAGCGUUUUUUUUUAACCAUCGCCCAGUGACUGAAGAAUAUUAAAGCUGAUCAUGGGUAAUUUGCGGAACUGCUAAUUUUUGUGUACAUCUUGUGGGUUUUCUUGCAAACACAAACUACAGGAACCUGCCCCGGUGCCUCUCAGGAUGCCGAAGAGGAAGCGCCUGAGCAGCAGCCACGACGACGACGAGGAGUCUGUGACGUCAGAGUCGAGCUCGGCGGCCCCCAGCGCGGCCGGCAUCGGCACCCGCAAACGGCGCCGCUGUGGCACCGUCUCGCAGGAGCAGCUGAAGCAGCUCCUGGAGGCCGUCCUGAACCACAAGCGGGCCGAUGGGUCGUUUGUGUCCGAGACGUUCUACCGGCUGCCCAAGAGGCGACUCAACCCCGACUACUUUGAGACGGUUCAGAAUCCGAUCGACUUUGCCAAGAUCCAGGUGAACCUGAACACGCACCAGUACGAUGAUCUCAGUCAGUUGGCGUCUGACAUUGAACUGCUGGUGGAGAAUGCCAAGCAGUACUACCCGCGUUCCAGUCGGGAGUACACGGACGCUGUGGCGCUGUGGAAUGCCUUCAACGAGCACCGCGCCGCCAUCGUGCCAGAAGAGGCACUCUCGGAAAAGAAAGACGACGAGAAGCCCGAAAAGAUCACACUGCGGAUCGGCAGAAUGCACCGCCGGGGCUCGGAGCCGACGCCGCUGACCGGUGACGAGGAGUCGGAGGCGGGCAGCUCGGCAGCGCCCCGCUCCGAGAGCAGCAACUGGACCCCAGGAGAGCUGGAGGACGCCCUGGAGGAGCUGUUUACGGCCAUCGGCACGGCCACCGACCCGGAGGGCCGCCUGCUCUCCACCUGGUUCCAGCUGGUGCCGCACAGAACGAAGCUGCCGCAGUACUACGACGUCAUCAAGCAGCCGAUGGACCUGAAGAUGGUAGCGCAGCGUAUCCAGGCGUCCGAGUACAGCUCGCUGUCCGAGCUGGAGGCCGACCUGCAGCUGGUCUUCCGCAACGCCUGCACCUUCAACGAGCCCGGCAGCCAGAUCUACAAGGACGCCAAGGUGCUGCGCAAACUGGCGCAGACGCGGCGCGCAGAGAUCGAGCACGCCCGGCUGACGGCGGCCAAGUCCAGCGAGAGGAUCAGGUCGAAGCGCAUCGGCGGCACUGCGUGCCUGUCGGCUGAGCUGUCCCAGCUCACCUAUGACGAGGACGAGGAGCGCAGCAGCUCGGACAGCAACAUGAGCGAGGACAACCCGCUGUGGCAGCUGUUUGACGCCGUGCGCAGCCACACCACGCCCUCUGGUUUCCUGCUCAGUGAGCCAUUCCAGACAUUGCCCUCUCGUCGGCUGUAUCCGGACUACUACGAGGAGAUUAAAAACCCCAUCGCGCUCCGGCAGAUCAAGCGUAAAAUGAAGGACUCGUUGUACUCGGGCAUUCAGGAGAUGGAGGAUGACAUGAACUUGAUGUUUGAGAACGCCCGCCAGUACAACCCGCCCGACUCCAAGCUCUACAAGGACUCGAUCCGGCUGCAGAAGGUGCUGCAGAAAAAGGUGGCAGAGAUGUCGGCAGACUUCGACGAGGGCGAGGAGGAGAACUCUGAGGAGGACUCGAUGCCCCUCCCGCCGGUGUCCACGCGCAAAGCCAGCCAGCGGCGCGACCACCCAGUGAAGGAGCGCUGCAAGCAGCUGUACCGCACCAUCCGCGACUAUGUCAACGACGAGGGUCGCCAGCUGAGCACCGUGUUCACAGAGCUGCCCAGCCGCAAACUCUACCCGGACUACUACGAAAUCAUUGACAGUCCGAUCGACCUGGCGCGCAUCGAGUCCAAGAUCCGCGGCGACCAGUACGAGUCCGAGAGCGAAAUACUGCAGGACUUCAAGCUCAUGUUCAACAACUGCAGGCAGUACAACGAGGAGGGGUCCGUCAUCUACGACGAUGCCAACGUGCUGGAGCGCGUGCUCAUGUCGCGUGUGCGCGAGCUGGGGCCGCUGCCCACUCAGGACGGCGCGCGCCACAAGCCGCGAGUGCUCAGCCGCGCCCAGCUGGUGGAGAAGAUGUGGACCCUGUUCAACACGAUCCGGGACCACAAGGACGCUACCGGUCGGCAGCUGUCGCUCAUCUUCGUCAAACUGCCCUCCAAGCUGGAGUACCCGGACUAUUUCGAGGUGAUCAAGAACCCCAUCCACCUGGAGCGGAUCUCUCAGAAACUGAAGACGGGCACGUACAACACGCUGGACGAGAUGAUGGCCGACCUGGUGCUCAUGUUCGACAACGCCUGCAAGUACAACGAGCCCGACUCGCAGGUCUACAAGGACGCGCUCAACCUGCACCGUCUGGCGCUGCAGACGAAGCUGCAGCUCACAGAGGACGUCGAGGAGGUGCCCGACGUCAAGACGCAGAUCCAGGAGCUGCUGACCUCGCUGUUUAUCGCCACGUACAACCACCAGGACGCCGACGGACGCUGCUUUUCCGACUCACUGGCUGAGCUGCCCGAGCACGACGAGGUCGAGGGACAGAGCCGUGUGCGCGGCAUCUCGAUGGAGAUAAUCAAGCGCCGGCUGGACCGCGGCCUGUACACGCGGUUGGACGUCUUCCAGGAGGACGUAUUCGCUGUGCUGGACCGGGCCCGGCGCCUUAGCAAGCACGACUCGCAGACGUUCGAGGAUGCCUGCGAGAUGCAGAUGUUCUUCAUCUCGUAUCGUGACGAGCUGUGCCGGAGCGGCACGCUGCUCUCGUCUCCGGCGCUCUCCUUCUCCCAGGACAACCUGAAGGAGCUCAUCGCCCAGCUCAAACCCGAGGUCAAAAACGAGGAGGACGAGAGCCAGGACGCCAAGCCGGCGCCGCAGGGGGACGCCAUGAGCUUCAACCAGAUCCAGUACUGCACCGGCGAGUUCGUCUACGUCGAGCCCAAGGACAAGGGCGUCGAGAAGCACAUCGUCAACAUCGAGCGUCUGUGGACCAACAACGAGGGCCAGCAGAUGAUGUACGGCUGCUGGUUCUUCCGGCCCGAGGAGACGUUCCACCUGCACACGCGCAAGUUCCUCGAAAAGGAGGUGUUCAAGUCAGACCAGCACAUCGGCUGCCCGCUCAGCCAGAUCGUCGGCAAGUGCGCCGUCAUGUCGGUCAAGGACUACUUCCGACUGCAGCCGGAGGGGUACGCGGAGCAGGACGUGUACGUCUGCGAGUCACGCUACUCCAGCAAGUCCAAGACCUUUAAAAAGAUCAAGCUGUACCCGUUCUCUGCGCCGCCGGAGACGCUGCGCGAGCGUGAGGUUCCUCUCGAGCCGCGACGCGUCAUGUCCGUCUUCAAGAAGCGCGUGGAGAAACACAAAGAGGAGCUGGCGGAGCUGGAGGAGUGCGAGAUGAAGAUCCGCACGCGGGAGGUGCCGAACGUCGAGAUCGACAACCGGAGCGCGAUGGACGGCAACACGUACUACGAGCAGCUGAACACGGGUAUGCUGGUGCUGAAGACGGGCGACUGCGUGUACGUCAAGUCGGAGCACAGCAAGCAGGUCAUCGCGCAGGUGGACACCAUGUGGACCACGCCAGACGGUUCUCAGUACUUCCACGGUCCGACGUACAUGACGUCCGCCGAGAUCGCCUCCUCGGUGCAGCAGAUGUUUUACAAACAGGAGGUGUUCGUCUCACUGCUGGAGGACACACACCCCAUGGCGUUCGUCACCGGGAAGUGCUGCGUGCUCGACUAUACCGACUACUGCUCACGCCGUCCCACCGAGAUCCCCGAGGCGGACGUGUACGUCUGUGAGAACCUGUUUGACGAGUCCAAGCGUCAGAUCGUGCCGCGCGGCGGCGACCCCAAGCGCUACGUGCACUCGGAAGCCGUCCUGGAGGACGAGGUGUACCACUUCCGGCGGCUGCUGGUGCUGCGCAAACAGCCCCUGGCCACCAUCCAGCAGGAGGCCUCCGAGCGCAUCAAGUCGCUCUUCGCUGAGGCCGUCGGGGUAUCCUCUCCGGCCGGCAGUAAGGUCGGGGACGAGGACUCCCUGGACGGCCCUCCAGCGUCGGUGGGGUCGGCCGAUAACGCCUCAGUCGGCACACCAGUCAGCAGCUACAAAAAGAGUAAGCGUCUGAAGAUUCUGACGGGCUACAUCCUGUACUCUGCCGACAUCAGGAAGAAGAUCACCUCCAAUAACCCGUCGGCCAACUUUGGCGACAUCAGUCGGCUUGUGGGCACAGAGUGGAAGAACCUCUCGGCGGCCGAGAAGGCCUCCUAUGAGGAGCGCGCGGCGCGCAUGAACGCCGACUCCGUGGCCAGUCUGCGAGUGGAGAUGGCGGACACGCCGAGCCGCGCCGUGCUGGGCGCCAGCCUGGUCGGGCCCGACGUGGUGUACGACUGCUGCUGGCUCGGCUGCGACUUCCAGUACGAGGACAUGAGCGAGCUGAUCGACCACUGCAACGCCGAGCCGGGCGGACACGUGCCCGUCUACGCCGCCACCGUCUCUGACGAGUACCAGUGCCAGUGGCGCGGCUGUAACCGCAUCAAGAAGGGCUCCACGCCGUUCCCGAACGCCGGCCGGCUGAUGCGACACGUCAAGGAGGUGCACAUUCAGAAGAACAACGGCAGGGUGGUGGCGCCGCACGAGCGCGGCAGGAACUUUGUGCCGCGCCGCGGCAGCGCGGCGGCCGGCGCCGCUGCCGGCCAGGGCGGCGCCGUCCGCCAGCACGGCCCCGGCUCGGGCGUGUCCACUCCGACGAGCAGCACGGGCGCGCCGGAGCCGCGCUUCGUGGCGGCGCCGGCCCGGCCGCAGCGGCUCCUCCACUCGGAGGCCUACAUCAGGUACAUUGAGACGCUGCAGCCGGAGCGGGCGUCGGUGCCUCAGCAGCAGGGCGGCUGGGAGCGCCAGCUGCACGCCACACCCGAGACCACGCCGGUACCCGACACGGCCCGGCUGCCCACCCACUGGCUGGCCGACGGACUGGCCGACAGCACAUCCGUGGUCAAGACGCUCUGGCACCUCCGCGACUACCUGAUGAAGGAUGCGCUGGGAAUCUCGCGCGCCUACGAGGGACGCCUCUGAGCAGCCGGUGAGCGGAGAGAGGGGCAGAGGGGCUCAUGGGGAGCGAGAGACGAGAAAGUGGACUCGGAGGAAAGAGAGGGGGAAGGUGGAAUGAGAGAUGGAUGGACCUGGAGAGACUCGUAGAAAGCUCCGGAGGUUAGAGUUUAAGUUAAAGACCAGACAUUCUUGCGUUUUAUCAAAAUUCGAGCGCCGAUCAUCAUGCGAUGCGUUAUGAAGCAGAACUCACGUUGACGCGAUGAUCAUGUCUGGAUAAAAUCUGUUCCGACACGGAGCUCAUUCCGUGUGAGUCGUGAUCCCGUCCGCUCACAUCUGGUGAUUUCGGUGGUUUGUUGGGUCCGCGGCGAGCGCUCCCUCUCCGGUGGUCCUCUGCCUAUAGUGUCGCCGUUCUGCGCCACUCUCUGUGCAUAUUGUCGGCCUGCCUCUGAUCUCUGAACUGUAUGCGUGCCGUGUGUCGCCAGUGGUGUUCCGUCUAAGAAUGUCUGCCAGGAGCCUCGGGCUUACGUUGUCCGGGGUUUGGUCCAUUACUGUCUGUCUAAACCAGCACCGCUUUGCUGAGGCGGCCCACGGGGGUGGCCGGUGGGUCCAGCCGCCCCUUGCGGUGUACGCUGGCACAGACCGCGAAUCGUCGGGCGUGAGUCCCCUCUAGAGGGAGUGUGAGUGAUGCGAGUCGUGGCACGCUCUGUGCCGUUGUGCGUGUCUGUGUGGGUCGUGGGCUCACUAUGCGUGGACGGGCUUCUCGCUAUCUACUGUGGACAGAGCUGCGCGGUGGACUGUCCAUUGUGGACGUUAGGACGGAGAUCCUUGGGCCCGAUGGUGGCGGACUGAGGGAGCUCUGAUGGCCGCCAGUGAGCCCGAUGGGGAACUCUGGGACCCUAUGACGUCGUCUGUGACGCCCCCGGGCAUUCUGCUCCUGUCACGCCGCGAGUGAGUCGCGUCGCCUGGGGUUCUUUUUUCACGUGUUCUGUCUCAAAGUUGUGACGUACAAACGGCGGCGAUCUCCCGCCAUCCUUUUACAUGUUCGCGCCAAAAGUAAUACACGCAUUCUCGUUUC